CUCCAGCGCGGUCCAAGUUCUACGUGCGAGACCCACCGAACCAGAACCCCGACUGGCUGAAAGUUGGGCUGACCUUGGGCACCUCGGUGUUCCUGUGGCUCUACCUCAUCAAACAACAUAAUGAAGAUGUUUUAGAAUAUAAAAGAAGAAAUGGGUUGGAGUAAAGUUUUGAACUACAAACACAGUAUACACCACAUAGUGAUACAGCAAUUUCUCUGGAUUCACCGACCUGUUGAUUUGUAAAUGUGAAAAAAAAAAAAAAAAGUUAUUUGUGAAUUACAUCAAGUUAGCAUUUGUGUUUGUAUCAUUUACAUUAAAAAAAUGAAAAUAC